UUAUUAUUUAUGUUUUCAAUUAAAAUUUCACCGAUUAUAUUUGAGAGAAGACCUCGAAUUAUCAGAAAUUCUAUGAAGAUCGCCCCCAAAUUUGAUACCAAGGCACUCUAAUGUAUUUAACUACGAAGUUACUGUACUGACGACGUAUAAAACAUGACACGUCAAACUGCCGAAUGUGUGUUCGGUGAAGGACUCAGUCUCGCGGAAGUUAGUAUGCACGAAGGUUAAUGUUCCUGUCUCUCCAACUAGAACGACGAGGAGGAACACACGAAGUUAGCCAAGCAUGAACAAGGGAAGAUCCGGUGCGACGGCCACCCGGAAAAUUUUCAUAGAGCUCACACCACAAGGCUAUCACGUCCAAUAAAUUAAUUUCUAGUUGCAGAACAAAGGAGAAUGUCGGUCGAAGUGAGAGCUGGUCGACCUACCAUGCCAACAAUUCCGCACUCCAAGAGGCCUACGAUCUUGGUGUAUCCAACGGUAACGCCGGAGAGCAUAAUCAUACCUAUCGUGUCGUGCAUUUUGGGAUUCCCGUUGCUGGCAUUAAUGGUAAUUUGCUGCCUACGGAGGAGAGCGAAACUCGCUAGGGAACGAGCUCGACGAAGAAACUGUGAUUUGGAUCAUGGCGCAUUGAGCCUCGUCCGUUUCAGCCCGGUUCAUCGUUUAGCAUCGAGAGAGGAUUUAGCUGGCGUUGAUCGACCGGCACGUACUGUAUCCUUGAGAAGUGAUCGAGGAUCCCGGGCUUUCCCGUCCCUGGAGCUGGACACUGUCGUCGAGGAACGUUCAGAUCCCGAACAGAGCACCGCACUCGAAUUAAGUAGUCCCGACUAGCAUCCGGCUUUAGCAUCGUCGAGGUCUCCACGACCAUCGAAAUCCUUGGCGGUGCCUGUGGAUCAUAGUCCACUAUGGACAGCUUUGACACACGCUAAUGCAGUCUCCGCAGCGUUAAGAGAUACCUAGCAGGAGGUGCAAGACGGCAGUUAUAUCGAAGCUCUCGUCCUAGAUCUGCCAAUCAUUUACUGACCGGCCUCUCCGAAAAUAGAUACUAUCUUAGUGGAGCAUCGAAAGGAAGCUGGACAUCCUUACUGAAACACUACCAUAUCGC